AUGGCAGGAUAUGAACAUAACAUCAAGUGGGAUCCUGAUUCAUAUGGAGAGAAUGAGUCCAAGUCUCUUGAGGCCUACUUGGUUCUAUCUAUGGCCGCUUCACAACCUAUUGACUUCUUGCCUGUUGCUUUUGAUGCUUCAGAUGGCCCAACUUCAGACAGUGAAGGGGAGCUAGAGAAGUCUAUGCUUGCUCAGAGCACAGUUUCAAAAGCUUUCUCGGAUUUUUCCCAUUUUUUGUAA